CUCUCGCGUCCAGACGGCAAAUUCCAGUAUUUAAGCGCGCCACCUCCAUCUCCGCUUUAUUUUCUCUCAACAACUCCCCUUCGAUCCAUCCGCUGCCGAUUGAGUCCAUAUCAUCAUCAUCAGUUCCAAAAGAGGGAAAAACAAGUGAUGGAGCACGGCGAGCAGGAGCAGCACGCCAUGGACCUGCCGCCGGGCUUCCGCUUCCACCCCACCGACGAGGAGCUCAUCACGCACUACCUGGCCAAGAAGGUCGCCGACGCCCGCUUCGCCGCCCUCGCCGUCUCCGUCGCCGACCUCAACAAGUGCGAGCCCUGGGACCUGCCAUCGCUGGCUAGGAUGGGGGAGAAGGAGUGGUACUUCUUCUGCCUCAAGGACCGCAAGUACCCGACGGGGCUCAGGACCAACAGGGCCACCGAGUCCGGCUACUGGAAGGCCACCGGCAAGGACAAGGACAUCUUCAGGGGCAAGGCCCUCGUCGGCAUGAAGAAGACGCUCGUCUUCUACACCGGGAGGGCGCCCAAGGGCGACAAGUCCGGCUGGGUCAUGCACGAGUACCGCCUCAACGCCAAGCUCCACGCCGCCAGCACCAGCCGCGGCUCCCUCUCCGGCGGCAGGGCCGCAUCGUCCAGGAACGAGUGGGUGCUGUGCAGGGUGUUCAAGAAGAGCCUGCUAGGCGGCGUAGUGUCGUCGGCGCCGGCGUCGUCAGCAGCAAAGAAAAGCGGCGUGGGGACGAUGGAGGAGAUAGGGUCCUCCGUGGCCGCCGUCACCCCGCUCCCUCCGCUCCUGGACAUGUCCGGCUCCGGCGCCUCCUUCGUCGACCCGGCGGCGCACGUGACCUGCUUCUCCAACAACGCGCUGGAGGCGGGCCAGUUCUUCAACCCAACGGCGACGGGCGGCUGCGCCACGGACACGGACCACCACGGCCUAGCCUCAUCGUACUCCCCGUUGGCAAGCUUCACGCAGUACGGGGGCCAGCUGCACCACGGCGUGAGCCUGAGCCUGGUGCAGCUCCUGGAGAGCAGCGGGUACCACCGCGGUCUCGCCGACGACAUGGCGCCGUGCGGCAAUCAGCAGCAGCAGCCGGCGGCGUGUAAGGGCGAGCGGGAGAGGCUGAGCGCGUCGCAGGACACCGGGCUCACCUCCGACGUGAACCCCGAGAUCUCUUCCUCCUUCGGCCAAAAGUUCGACCACGAGCCCGCGCCGUGGGGCUACUGACCAAGCAAGCUCUCCGCAUGCACCGCGUUCGUGGCGAAGGAUCGAUCGAUUAUUAGCGCAUAUACCGGUGCUUGACUACUGUAAAUAAGCCCGCGAGGGAUCGAGCUAGCACCGUUAAUUAGCUUCAUUGUGGUGUGAUCUGUAUAGUUGUAGAUUAAUCAGCAGUGUGGUGAUUUGGGGGGUGUAAUUAGCAUUAUUGUAUUGGGAUCCAUCAAUAUACUACGUAGUAUAUUUCAUUAUCAUUUUGCCAGGUUAUGAUCAA